GCUGCGAGUUCAGUCAUUGGCGAGAACUGGAGUGGUCGACUGGUCCACCAGCGUCACCCCCGCCGCGAAUUCUCGUUUUCAAUUCAAUUAUAAUCAGUUUGGAAUUGGAUUUAAAAAAAAAAACUGGCAUUUAUGCCCGAGUGCGCGGCGUCCGCCUUUUUCGGAUAGAGUGUUGGACAGAAUAAUGAUUCAGGUCGCCGUGUCCAUGUCCACCUUUAUUGAGAAGCCUGGUUUUCAACCGGUCGUUCCUCGCCAACUUUUCGCACUUUGCAUUUUCGCGGCCCUGUUUGCUCAGCUAGCGCAUGGCACGCAACAGCCCAAGUAUGCGGUGACGCCGGCGUCGCUCAUCGUCUCCACCGAGGAUGAAGGGAGCAUUGAAGGAUCUUCUACGUUGCCCUUGUGCCAGAACUUCUCGGUCGGAGCCCCAGAGAAGAUGGAGUUCUACUCGCCCAACUACCCCAACAACUAUCCCAACCACACCGAUUGCAUUAAAGUUUUAAAAGCCGAUGCAGGCCACUUGCUACGGCUGGACUUCAGGGACGACUUCCACCUGGAGCCGAGUGAGGAAUGCCGGUAUGACUACCUGGAGGUGCGUGACGGUGCCCACGGAUACUCGACGCUGAUCGGCACCUACUGUGACAAUCGAUUUCCUCCAAUGCUUACCAGCUCAGACCGGUAUCUGUGGCUGCGCUUCCACUCGGACGAGAACAUCGAGUACUCGGGCUUCAAAGCCGUCUACCAGUACAUCCCUCGGCCAACGUCGGCGGUGUACCAGCCGGAGAUCAACAUGUGCCGCAUUGACGUGGGUGGCAUGGAGGGCUGGGUGAAUCGCUCGGACAUCGACUUGGGGCGGGUUCAGCACUCGAUGAGCUACGGGGUGCCCCUUGAUUGUAUGUGGAUCAUCCGCGUUAAGGAGGGAUGGAAGAUUCAACUAUCAUUCCAAAAGUUUAAACUGGAGAAGCCAAAUGACUGCGACAGCAACUUUGUUGAUGUCUUCUCAACGCAGACGGACCUGCCAAACCGACUGAAAAACUUUUGCGGCAGUAUUGCUGACUCGGUCACCAGCACCACCAACGUGCUGCAUGUGCGCUUCUUUGGCGAGGCCAAAGCUAUCAAUUCGACCUUUGAGGCGCUCUUCACGGCUUUCAGGGACAAAGGCGCCGGACAGGGCUGCGAUAGCGACGAAUUUGACUGUGAAGACAAUACAUGCAUUUCGCGGAAUAUGCGGUGCAACGGCAGAAUCAACUGUCGCUUCCGGUGGGACGAAGAUGAGUGCAUUAACAAGCACGUCUCGAUACUUAAUUCAGAGCACAUCAUCAUCAUUCUCAUUAUAUUCACGCUGAUCUUGUCAGGGAUGUGCUUCGCCUUCAUCUUUAAUUGCAGUCGCAAGUUGAUCCGCGACCACAGAAUCAUGAAGGAGCAUAUACAUCAGUCGCGCGAGAACCGUCUGAACGAGGUGGGUCGCGGCACGUGCCACACCGUAUCGAUGAGCAUGUUGCCAGACAACUCGAGCGGCUCGUUUGACGCCGAGAAGAUCCGCUCGUUGAUGACGCGCUACUCGUCGGAGCCGCCGCGGUGCCGCGACACAACGCCCGACGAGGAGGAUCCGGGCCAGGGAUGCUACGUCCCAUCGCUGGUGGACGGCGGAGCAAGUCCAGUGCCGGUCAUGCGCGAGAGUCCUCAGACAGUGGCCAAAAACCGGUACAACGGGCUCUAUGCGGGCACACACGAAUCGUUCCCGACCAUCAGCAAAAGUCCGAGCAUCGAGAUGCGCGACAACGAGUGCCAGACGCGCAGCAGCCUCUUCCAGCAGAACGAUGUCAUCCCGCCGCCGCCCCCCGCGCCGCGCUACGCAGCCCUGCACGGCCGCGUGCCUUAUGAACCGAGGCCCUACGGCUUCAGCAUGCCGCGCUCAGCCACCAGAGGCGCUAAUUAAAAGUUUCUUGAGACGCGCAGCUGGAGGAGGAUCAUUCUGCGGCUCGGCGUGUUGCCUACAUUUGCAGAUCGGACUGCACGACACGCCGUUGGUAAAGAGACCAGUGUGAUGUUCCUUGCGUGAGGCUGUCCGGAGAGGAAAAAGCGGGUGGAUUUUUUAUAUAAAUUUAUGAAUGACGCGAAAUAUUAUACUAGUGGUAGAACAGACAUUUUGUCAGAGCCGUGCAGGUUGGAAAGAGAAUGUGUGCUGGUUUUUUACUCAUACAUAAACUCACACACACGCACACACAUAUCACACGCUUUGUAGGUGACACACAUCCCGUAAAUAAUGGCCAAUCAUGCCCGGAAGGCCGCACACACCGGUGUGUCUCUUCCCAAAUGUCAGAAUGUGCAUAAACCUUUUGGGACGUUUGUUUCAAGUAAUAAAUAUAGUCAGGGCACAUCAAUCUCAUUUUUUUUUCGUGCGCUAGGCGAUAAAUUUUAAGAUAUACCCCCUCAAUACCGCGGCAGGUCUGUUUUGUAGACCCGAUAUUUUUUCCAAUUUCAAUUUUUUUGUAUGACCGAGAAGAACAAAUAAUAGAAGUAAUAAAUAGCGAUUAAUAGCCAAUACAAAUUGCUUAAAUCGAGUAAGCUGCAAAAGAGGAGUGGGGAUUUUAAAAUACUAAUCUCUGUCAAUUUUGUUUGAAGACUCAAGGAGAUGAUCACGGAAAAGUCCGAUCUCUUCAUUUCUUUCAAUGUUUCUAAUUUUUCAGUUUAACCUCUCAUUUAUUUAUUCACAAAUAAGACGGGUGGUAAGAAAUUGUAUGAAAUUGUAACUUAAAGAAGUGGACAUAUGUACAACAAAAAAUGUAUGUUUAAUUUUAAUUAGUCUAUCGUCGCACCAAGUAAAAAUAGUACAUGAUUACACUGAUAGCCAGUUCUAGCAAAUAAUUCAAUUCAUCUCAUUUUUUUCAAGGAAGGAAAACAAUUAAUUAUAAAUAAAUAAUGUUUCCCUUGUCUAACGGAGAUUUUAAAGUGACCUCCAUGGACACUCGUUGGAUAAGGAUGGGAGGAAAAUAGACACUCAGCGCUAGUGAGCGACUCACUGAAACUCGUAACCAACAAUCGAUAAAUACGCGAGAACUCGCCGCGCUGCAGCCCAAACUACCGGAAAAGUCAAUUUAGUUUCACAUAUUUAGUGCACAAUUUUGGAUAAUUAUUUGGUGCACACGAUUUAAAACAGCGAGACUGAGAGCAGGAAACCCACACUAUGGAAUGCGAGACGAAAGCAAAGUCAAGGUCGGUGCCCACUUUUGAAAGAAUGAGCCGCCGGUCUCAUUACACGGCGGUCGUGAUUUGUAAUUCGCGCCAUUAUGUCCAUGUCGGUGUCUCCGUCCAGACACCUUCGGAAGAAUGAGAAGGUCAGGUCGGUUUUAAUUCAGCUGCUGCUAUUAUUAUUAUUCCAGCUUUUUAUUGUAUUAUGAUGACGUGAUAUUACAAAUAGUGGCAAAACUCACUCAUUUACAUUAACUGGGUCUAAGAAGGAUUAAUAAUUUUAAAGAAACAUAUUCACAAGCUCGUUAAAUAAUCAUUACACACUCAGUUUUGGAAUAAAAUUAUGCUCGGAGCUCGGACACAAAAUGCUUCGGAAAACUUAAAAAAGAAUCUAUCGCAGCUCAGAACGAAUCGGAAGGGGCAUGAUUUUUUUUUAGGGAGAUGCUUUCCGUGCAUAACAUGUAGGGCUCGCUUUUGAACUCGCUCAAGUUUUCCAAUCGUGCAAUCCAUUCCCGCUUGCCGAGCUGGGCCAAAAUAUUUAAACUUAAAUAUUCCACCACAAAAAAGCCCUUAAAUGACUAAACUCGGGAAACACAGACAGAUUGAUCAGCCACUUGGAUUAAUUGAGAACACAAGGCUUGCGCCGUAUUUGUGUGCCAAAAAUGAGCUACCACCGUUUUCAGUGCUAAAUUUUUCAAAUUAAAAGCCACCAAACGUGCUUCCGAAAAAAAAAUAAUUGCUCUGUUGUAUCGGUAAAAAAAAUAGCUCGGCAUAGUAUCAUCACCUUAACCUAAAGGCAACAAAAGAUAAUUGAAGCGCAAUUUGAUGUUUGUUGGACAAAAUUGUAAAUGGGUGGGUCGCACAAGAGAUAUUCCAUAAUGCAAGAAAGCUACAAUAAUAAUAAACGGACUCGUGUAAUAAUUGAAGCGAUGAACGCAAAGGGCGAAAUAAAGCCUCCCUGAGGAGUUCCGCCACGCAACACAAAAGCUUCUCCUCGGAGCAGCUCGGGCUUGGCCGCCCCGGAAAUGUGCGGCCCGUACAAAAACCGAUUGGCUUGAAAAGUCGUUUCAGAGAAAGGAAAGUUUAAGUGAGCCAUUUAUUAACUACAAUCAAAAAUAAAAUAAUUUUUAAAAGUGCUUUUUAGCCGAAUUUUUUAUUUAACAAAGAAUAAACUGAUUCGGUUUCAUUAAUCUGUUUUGACAUAAUUCAUAUACCGAUAUCGAAAUAAAAUGGGCUCUGAAAUUGGUAUUUUUUUAUGCACAAAUUUUUGGCAAAGUGCACCGACUGAAUUGCAUCAGCCAACAAGGAGAGGAACGCGAAAACAGAAAUCAAGUCGUUACGAUUUCUCUCAAAUUUUUAAAUUUAUUUCUUGGAAGAUAAAUGUGAAAAAUGUUAUGUAAAAAAUCAUCAAAUAAAUAAGAACAAUAAUAAUAAGGUGCAAUGCUGGGGUCGCGUAGAACAUGAGCGGCUUUUCCUCGGUUUGGUAGGCGAGCCGCUUUUCUCUCGGAUUGAAGCCGUGCGGGUUGCAGGACUCGGGCUGCCUUACCGCGAGCCAUGUCCAUGUACACAAAUGAUAUUCACGUCUCUAUAUUUGAUGAUGGUGCCGCCGACGGUGUUCCGGCGCGAAUUAUGUCAAUGAUGUGGCACUUGGAUGACGCGCCCGCAUUAUCAAGGGCCGCUUCUUUUUGCGGGGCUAAACGUGUAACGAGCGCAUACAGAAAAUCCCAUUUUUGUCACUGAAAAUGGAAUCGCUGAGAGGAAAUAUCUGCUAAAUUGGCCUGAUACUUUCCAUGCAUAAGGACUAAAUUUUACCAGGAGCAUUAAAUACUUCGGUUUAAUUUUCACCGAGAAGGUAUAGGCACCGACACUUCUCAACCUUCCUGUGUUGACAGCACUUUUCCUAUUUGUUUAGAUGAAAGGGUUAGUUAUCAAAAAUAUUUGAGUGAAUUAAAUAUUAAAUUAUACUUCAAAUGAAAAAUUUGUCACUGUAAUGAGUCGGAGGUAAAAACAGAUCAAAAAUUGCCAAAUUUGUUUUUUGAUUCAGCCUUGGAAUUUUGGUGAUAUUUUAUGGGGGGAAAAACUUGGUGGGUAUUUAAAGCUUAUAUUUAACUUCCUAUCGAUUGGUUUUUGUUUCGUAUUAUUUGAGUGAGCUAUAUAAUAGAAAAAUUACUGCAAUAAUUAGAAAAUAGACCACCAUUGAAAGGUGCUCUUUGCCCUGUGAAUGGUAGCGGCAAGGGAAAACUUUGGGAAAUCUCAGGAUUAUAAUACUUUAUUAUUUUUUUUAUAGUCCAGGGCGCCCCCAAUCAUCUGUGAAAAUUUCAGCCUAUCAUUUUUCCAGGUCAAACCUUGCCUUUCUUGGACAACAGGACCAGAGGUCACAUGAUUAUUUGCUAUAACUCACUAAAACCUCAGUUUGAAAUUAAAACUUUUUAUUAAGGUGGAGCGAUAAAGUGGGAAAUUUGUUUAAUCUGUAGAAAAUUAAAAAUUUGGCACUCAAAAAAAGAAAAUAGGCAUUUUCCUCAUCAUCCUUGUUAAAAAAUAAUUUUUAAUUUUACUCAAUAAAAAACUAGGACUUCCCUGCUUUAAUCACUCGCUUUGUCACACUAUAUAAAAAAUACUUCCAUUCUUCAAUUUGUUCAAUCAGUUUUAACAAAAUAGAAAUUUUUCAGUCACAGUAUUUUUUUAAAUUUUUUAUAUUAUUGUUAAAGUAACAAACCCCAGUUCGGGGCUGUAAAAAAAGAAAACAAAAAUUCUUGUAUUCUGGAAACACUCCACUGCAAAAUUUACACACUCAAACACCGAACAAAUCUCAAUCAACUUGUUGCCCAAAUUAAAAUGUUGUUAUUUAUUGCACUACUAAUCAUAUAUACGAAAUACUUAUUAGAGAGAUUAGUGAUAAAUCUCUGCUCAAGAGCGCGUUUGUAUUCCAACACUUGCCCUCAUUCAAAGCGGAAACAAUCAAAUGUAAAAUAUUCUAAAAUAUUUAGUAAGUUUACAAUUUGCUAAUUUAAACACGCGAGCGUACGAUCAGAGAUCCCAGUAUGAGGGAAAUUAUGCAUGUGAAAAGCAAUAAAAAUUGAAAAGGGAAAAAUGCAGCGCAUUCAAAUGAUUAUUUACAAACCCCAAAAGCUGUUCGCCGCCGUGUUGCGAGAAAAUCUUUCCCUCUCGGACCGAUACAAAUUGAAAACCUUGUUGAUUGGCGGCGGGUCAACUGUUUGUACAAACUCACAGGUGGCGGUCGGUCCUCUCCGGCGCGGCUGCGGGUAGCGGCGGUGGCAGCAGCAGUGGAGGGUGCACCGUUGACGUCAUCGCCCUGCGAGUGCUGCAUAUUGAUUACGAUUGUGGAGUAAAUACGCACUUAAUUAAGUGUAAUUAAAUGUUGUAUGUUCAAACACUGCACGCAACUUUCACGCAAUACUUAUAAAAGUACUUUCGUUGGAGAAGCAAUUUAUAUGUUGCGGUCUCGGCCUCUUAUAUAUUUAAAAGGAUUAUAAUUGAGAGACAUGAAAAUAAAGCAGACACAUCUU